GUAGGCCAACUGUGCAAUUUUUUGCAGCCACCGGCCCGAGCGCAGAGUGCUGCCGAGCCUUCCGGAGUUCUCACAACUCCUGUGGGGCGGUUGAGAGGCACCUCGUUGAUGGGCCCUGAUGGCACAGCGAAGGCGCGGACGCCGUGGCGGCCACCUUCUCCUCGGUCUGGUCGGCGUCUUGGGCGCGAUGCGGCUGAUGGCUGAGAGGAUGGAUGUCGGCUUCGCGGGGUGGAGGAUGGAUCCGGUUGGUCUUGGUCCUGGAGCGCUCCCGAGACUGAGAAGGAGGACGGGCGGUUCGCUGGUGCCACAUGCUGUGACGGCAAAGACUGUUGCAGUGAGCCCGGAAGACCGCGACGCGGCCUUCAUGGAGCGUUUGCGCUGCCUGGCGCGCGAGGCGCUCAGCUGGGCUUGGCUCACUCCGCAGCAACGGCUGGUGUGGGCCGCGGCGAUUGAGCUGGAUGCGGUGCCUUUGCAGGAGCUUCCACCUUGGUUUUGGGAGCGGCGGAACGUCACUCUUAGGCAUCCAGGCGUCGACCUGCUGAGCCUGGACGGCCGCCGGGCCGUGCGGUGCAUCGACGACACUGACAUCGCUGAGGACUCGGCGCGCUUCGUCCGAGUGGCGCAAGAGGUCUACAAGGUGCCAAGCUGCACGCUGGUGACCUCGACGGCCUCGACAAGAUUGUCAA